UCUCGCUCUCUUUCUCUCUUCCCUUGUCCCACUCCUCCCUUCUGAUUCUUUCUCUUGUUUAUGCUCUUUGCUCUCUCAUCGCAAAGUGUAGUCCACAGAGAACCCCGCUGCACAGGUGUUGGGAAUAUGGGCAGGUCUCCGUGCUGUGAGAAGGCUCAUACCAACAAGGGAGCAUGGACCAAGGAGGAAGACGAGAAGCUCGUCUCCUACAUCAAAGCCCAUGGUGAAGGUUGCUGGAGAUCACUCCCCAAAGCUGCAGGUUUGCUUCGAUGCGGAAAGAGCUGCAGGCUCAGGUGGAUAAACUACCUCCGGCCCGACCUCAAGCGAGGCAACUUCACGGAGGAGGAAGACGAGCACAUCAUCAAGCUACAUGGCGUGCUCGGGAACAAAUGGUCCCUCAUCGCCGGUCGGCUACCGGGGAGGACCGACAACGAGAUCAAGAACUACUGGAACACGCACAUCAAGCGGAAACUCCUCGGCCGAGGCAUCGAUCCCCAGACUCAUCGCCCGAUCCCCCAACAACCGGAAACCGCCAUGGUGCAGGACAUGGCGGUUGCCGUACAAGCCCCGGCCGAGUACUCCUCCUCCGACGAGGCUAACUGCGGCGGCGCCAGCCAAGACGACGUCCGCUACAUCGACCUCAACCUCGACCUCUCCAUAAGCCUCCCUCAGCACUCCCCAAAACGUGCACAGCCUUCACAGGCUCUCUCAUCAGCUGCGACCAGCAGUUACUCUCCAGCCACCAUCUGCUUGUGUCGCCAUCUUGGUUUCCAAGGUAGUGAAGCUUGCAGCUGCCGUAACACCGCACACCCUAAUGUACUAAGAGUUAUCAGACCAUUAGAAGAAGCUCAAAACUAGCAGACUCUCCAAAGACUAUAUGAAAACAGCAUUACUUCCUCUUAGUGCGGAAGCCUGUCUUGGUCUUUUUGAAAUGCUCAAGUCGUAGGGUUUAAUCUUUCUUUACGUUUUCUGUGCUUUCAUGGUGCAAGCAAAGGGAGGCCAAAGGUGAUGGGGAAUGGUGGCCAUGGAUGCCAGUUUCCUUGUGUUGGGUGUCUCACUGGAACCAGUUUGUUCAACGAUAUGUGAUGUGGUUUUGGUAGGUUAACCUGAUCUUCACUAAAUAAAUGAAAAGUACUCUGAGAGAGAGAGAGAGACAGACAGAGAGAAACUAGGGUUUGUUGGUCUGAGGAUGAACAGAGUGUGUCAUGUGCAAUGGAAGUGUGGCUAAUCAUUGUUUAAUCUUCUCUGUGACACACUGCUCAUGGCAAUAUAGCUCUGGAGACUGUUCUAAG